AUGGUGACAAAAUUCUACCAACAUGUCCUUGCCAUGGCAUUUGCUGUGAGGGAGAUCAACGAGAACCCAAAGGUCCUGCCCAACAUCACUUUGGGAUUCCACAUCUAUGACAGCUACUUUGAUGCAAGAGCAACCUAUAAAAGCACUCUCAGCCUUCUCUUCAAAUCCCACAGGCUUGUCCUCAAUUACAACUGCAACACCCAGAAAAAACUUAUAGCCACCAUUGGUGGACUUAGCUCUGAUACCUCUUCUCUUAUGGCAGAAAUUUUAGGCUUCCACAAGAUCCCACAGCUCCACCCAUUUCUUCAAAGAAUUUCAUUUAACAACUCAGCUGGAGAAACUGUGUCCUUUAAUGAAAAAAGGGAAAGAAUAGGUGGAUUUGACAUCAUGAAUAUAGUCAUAUUUCCAAACAAGUCCUUCAAGAGAGUAAAAAUUGGAUGGCUAGAUCCCGAGGCUCCUGAAGGAAAGGAAUUGACCAUUAAUAAAGAUAUAAUCAUGUGGCACAGAGGCUUUAACCAGGUUGUCCCACUCUCUAUGUGCAAUGAACACUGCCAACCUGGCAAUCAGAAGAAAAGGAAGGAAGGGAAAAAUUUUUGCUGCUAUGAUUGUGUUCCAUGCCCAGGAGGGAAGUUCUCUGACAAGAAGGAUAUGGAUGAAUGUUUGCAAUGCCCAGAGGAGAAAUUUCCAAGCAUGGACCAAAAUGAAUGCAGACCCAAAACUACAAGCUUCCUAUCUUACAAAGACCCUUUAGGAAUCAGUUUAGCCUCAGUUGCUGUUUCCUUUUCACUGAUCACAGCCAUAAUGUUAGGAAUUUUUAUUAAGCACAAAGACACACCAAUUGUCAAAGCCAAUAACCGGGCCCUCACCUAUGCUCUCCUGGUCUCUCUCCUGUUCUGCUUCUUAUCUUCUUUGCUAUUCUUGGGAAAACCUGGGGAAGUGACCUGCCUUCUCCGACAACCUGCUUUUGGCAUCAUCUUCUCUGUCGCUGUUUCAUGUGUGUUGGCAAAAACCAUCCUUGUUUCCCUAGCAUUCAUGGCCACAAAGCCAGGGUCAAGAAUGAAGAAAUGGGUGGGUAAAAAAAUGUCCAGCUCUAUAAUCCUUUCCUGCUCUCUCAUUCAAGCAAGCAUUUGUAUUGCGUGGUUAGCAAGCUCUCCUUCCUUCCCUGAUUUAGACAUGCACUCUGUAACAGAAGAAAUCAUUCUGCAGUGUAACGAAGGCUCAGUGACCAUGUUUUACUGUGUCCUGGGCUACAUGGGCCUCCUGGCCACUGUCAGCUUCCUUGUGGCAUUCCUAGCCCGCAAAUUACCAGACAGUUUUAAUGAAGCCAAGUUCAUUACCUUUAGCAUGCUGGCAUUUUGCAGUGUGUGGGUUUCCUUUUUCCCAUCUUACCUGAGCUCAAAAGGCAAAGAAAUGGUGGCUGUGGAGAUCUUCUCCAUCUUGGCCUCCAGUGCUGGGUUACUGGGUUGCAUCUUUUUCCCUAAGUGCUACAUCAUUGUGCUGAGGCCUGAGCUGAACAACCGGGAGCACUUAAUUAGGAAAAAGAACCAGUCUGGUUUAUAA